UUGUCUCGUGACGUUGGUGUUUUUGGAUGUUUCGUUGUUGCGUUUCAACAUCAGUGCGGGAGAAAAAUUCCAAAAAAAUAAGUCCGGGAAAAUUGUCUCACUUCGAUUCAUCUUGCCCAGAUUAAUGUUUUUUUUGUGCACAUUGAUAUGAACGGAUUGUUAAUCUAAUCGAAACGUUUAGAAAUUUUUCUACUCGAACGUGUUGUUGACUUGGUUGAAAGAAAAUAGUGAACAGCUAUACGAUUUACCUUUACUAUUUAAGAAUGACAAUGCAAACGCCUAAGCCCAUAGGACUUAUAAUACUCUUGUUCUUCUAUCCAUUUGCAUGUCAAAAUCAAAACAAGAACUCUAAGCCAAGUCAAGAACUAGUAUCGGUAAAUCUUGCCGGAGAUAUAAUACUUGGGGGCCUUUUUCCAGUGCAUGAGAAAGGCGAAAAUACACCGUGUGGCCCGAAAAUUUAUAAUCGUGGUGUGCACCGACUUGAGGCGAUGCUGUAUGCUGUCGAUCAUGUUAACAAUGAUUCAACUUUAUUACCCGGAAUAACAAUUGGUGUCCACAUUUUAGAUACUUGUUCACGUGAUACAUACGCAUUAAAUCAAUCACUACAAUUUGUUCGAAGUUCCCUUAACAAUAUGGAUACAUCUGCGUUUGAAUGCCAGGAUCUUUCGACUCCACAACCACGACGCAAUACAACUGGACCGGUGUUUGGAGUAAUUGGUGGUUCAUAUAGUUCCGUAUCGCUGCAGGUGGCGAACUUGUUGCGUUUAUUCCACAUUCCACAAAUUUCACCCGCCUCCACAGCGAAAACACUUAGUGAUAAGACAAGAUUUGAUCUUUUUGCAAGAACUGUUCCCCCAGACACCUUUCAAUCGGUUGCUAUGGUUGACAUAAUAAAAUGUUUUAACUGGUCAUAUGUCUCAACUAUCCACUCGGAAGGAUCCUACGGUGAAUAUGGAAUAGAGGCUUUUCACAAGGAAGCAACCGAGCGAAAUGUAUGCAUCGCUGCCGCCGAAAAAGUCCCAUCAGCAUCUGAUGACAAGGUUUUUGAUGCUAUUAUAGCAAAAUUGCUGAAAAAACCAAAUGCCAGAGGUGUUGUUCUUUUUGUUCGAGCCGAAGAUGCAAGAAGUCUUUUACAAGCAGCUAAACGGGCUAAUCUGGCACAACCCUUCCAUUGGAUUGCCAGUGAUGGAUGGGGCAAGCAACAAAAAUUGCUUGAUGGCUUAGAAGAUAUUGCUGAAGGUUCAAUUACUGUUGAACUUCAAUCGGAGUUAAUUCAAGAUUUUGAUGACUAUAUGAUGUCACUGUCUCCCCAAACAAAUACUCGAAAUCCAUGGUUUGAGGAAUAUUGGGAAGAUACAUUUGAUUGUGUAUUGGAAAAGAAUCUGCCACCGUUAUUAAAGGAUCGUACAGGCAUUCGAAAAUGUGAUAGGAAUUUAAAGUUGUCAGAAAAAUCGGGCUAUGAACAAGAAUCAAAAACUCAAUUUGUUGUGGAUGCGGUUUAUGCUUUCGCUCAUGCACUACACCGUCUCCAUCAGGAUUUGUGUGCAUCAGGAGGUGUUGGCACAAACCAAACGCAUAGACAUCAUCACAGUGAAUCCGUUUGGUUGCAUAAACCUGCAACUGGUCAACAUCAAAUGGCAUGCCCCGAAAUGGUUAACUACGAUGGCAAACAGUUCUAUGAUAAUUAUCUGUUGAAUGUCUCUUUUAUCGAUCUUGCUGGAAGUGAGGUUAAAUUUGAUAGCCAAGGUGAUGGCCUGGCCCGCUAUGACAUCCUUAAUUACCAAAGGUUGGAUAAUUCCACCGGAUAUUACUAUAAGGUAGUGGGGAAAUGGUUCAAUCAACUAGAAUUAAAUUUACAUGAUGUGGUAUGGAAUAAGGAAGUUGAAAAGCCAACUUCUGCUUGUUCACUUCCAUGUGAUGUGGGCAUGAUUAAGAAGCAGCAGGGUGAUACGUGCUGUUGGAUCUGCGACAAUUGUGAAAAUUACGAAUAUGUUUUCGACGAAUUCACAUGUAAGGACUGUGGACCUGGCUACUGGCCUUACCCCGAUAAAUUAUCCUGCUUUGCACUGGACAUUCAGUACAUGCCGCUACAAUCUCUGUUUGCCAUUAUUCCAAUGACAUUUGCUAUUUUUGGCAUAGUAAUGACGCUUAUGGUCAUACUUCUAUUUGCCAUCAACCACGAUACGCCAUUAGUAAGAGCUUCAGGUCGUGAGCUAAGUUACACGCUACUAAUUGGAAUUCUAGUCUGCUAUUCGAACACAUUUGCCUUGAUUGCUAAACCAACAAUUGGUUCAUGCGUUGUUCAGCGUUUUGGAAUUGGUGUUGGCUUUUCAAUUAUUUAUAGUGCAUUGUUGACUAAAACAAAUCGUAUAUCAAGGAUCUUCCAUUCAGCAUCAAAAUCGGCUCAACGAUUGAAGUAUAUCAGUCCACAGUCGCAAGUUGUAAUAACAAUGACUCUUAUCGCUAUUCAAAUAAUAAUAACUAUGGUCUGGAUGAUUGUGGAGCCACCAGGGACCCGCUUCUAUUACCCUGAUCGAACUGAAGUUAUUUUGAAAUGCAAAAUACAGGAUAUGUCAUUUUUAUUCUCACAAUUAUAUAACAUGAUACUUAUUACAAUUUGUACCGUCUACGCCAUUAAAACACGUAAGAUCCCGGAAAAUUUCAACGAAUCGAAAUUCAUUGGGUUCACUAUGUAUACAACUUGUAUCAUCUGGUUGGCAUUUAUUCCAAUUUAUUUUGGUACUGGAAAUUCCUAUGAGAUACAAAUAACAACCCUUUGCAUAUCGAUCAGUUUGAGUGCUUCGGUGGCACUUGUCUGUCUUUAUUCACCAAAAGUUUAUAUUUUGGUCUUUCAACCGGACAAAAAUAUUCGCAAGCUUACUAUGAACAGCACAGUUUAUAGAAAAUCUACUGCGUGUGCUGCAAGCGGCAGUGCAACAGCUGUAGCAUCAUCUAAUCCUGUGGGAGCAGCCGGUAUAAGUGGCUCUGUUACGACAGCAGGUAAUAACGCUUCAAGCCCACCACCAACUCCAGCAUUAACCUGCUUGCAGAAUUCACUAAGCUGUGGUGACGUUGCAGUUGGAGCAAACCAAGGUCUCGGAAUGCAUCAUGUUGAAAGAGAGAUGCUUCCACUUGAGGCUCGGCCGGGACCAAGUGGCCUGGGAGUUAAUUGCAACUGUAAGAACCGAUACAACGAGGCCCAUGAUUGCGGUAAGUGUUAAAAACUAAAAGACAUAUACAAUGGCCCUUCCAUACUCUUAUUUAACUAUACUGAUAAAUUUGUAAAUGUUUUGUUACUUUAAAUGUUUAACACCUAAUGUAAAAAAACAUACAUUUGCUAUCUAACUAUAAUUUGUAAUAAUCCUCUUAAGAAUGAGACAGCUAAAUUCUACGCAUUUAAAAAAAAGAAGAUUUUAUUUUCCUGUGUACGUAAUAGUAUUAAUAAGUUUAUAGGUUUGUACAUAAUUAAAUUGACAUGUUGCCUUUUAAAAACAUGCAAAUCACUGUGUUGUAUAUAGGUAGUUAUUAUAUAAUCUAAUGCCUAAAAUACAUACUUGAUGUUUGAAGUGUAUCCAUCCAUAUUGUAUUCAUAUCUACUUUUUUGUUCCGUUCACCUAAACGUCAGUACAUUUUUCAUUUCAACUUAUUCCGCCUCAAAACAUCCCACCGAUGCAUUCAUGGUUAGUAAAUGCUUAUUUUUUCGUUACCUGACUUUCAUGUAGCAUAAAGCAAACUUUAAGUCCUCGGUAUUCUGCACAAUUUGUCGAGCAAAUGGGAAACAGCAAAAAAAAAAAAGUUAAAAAAUACGGUAAUUGAGUAUUCAUCAGUAUCUAUCAGAAAAAAAUAAAUUGGUUGGCGCAACAGUCCGUUGAAAACUAGGGCCUAGUGACUUACAACUCUCAACCACUUCUGUGUGCUAGUACUGUUGUCAGGGAUGGAGGGGACCUACAGUUUUAAGCCGAAUCCGAACGGCUCAUUUGAGAAAGCAUUUUUCAUGACAAGAAUUACUUUUGAAGAACUUGUCAAUUCGUCGAUGGCAUAGGCAGGGAUCGAACCGAAGACCUCUUGCAUGACAGUCCAACGCACUAACCAUCAUGCCACGGGUACUACAUUCCAUGUACAGUAUCUAUUACUGUUCCACAAAUUGGCUUUGGAAAGUGCAACAAAGUCCAAAAAGGUUUUGGACUUUAUUUUACUCUUGAAAUUGCUAAAAUGAAGCGCAUGGUAAUUGCAUGGGUUUGGAAUAAUACAACGUAAGUCUUUUCUGGAAUCCCCGAUGAAUGAUAUUAAAAAAUUAUGAGGCACUAUACAAUGACAUACAUAAGGAUACUAGCUGACCCGACAAACGUUGUGUUGUCAUAUAAAUAAUUUCUAGAGAAUAUUUUGCUAGAAAUAAAUGUAAAUAUUGUAAGUGUUUAAGGAUGUGGUAUAUAUGUAAGUGGGAGAGCACUGUAAACGGUGACAAAAUACAAAAAUAACAAAUCACCAAACAAUUGUUUUAACUUAUUAAAAUUAAUUCUUUAAAAUUAUAUACAUAUCGCUAAUUGUGACAAUACCAUACGAAACAAUAUUAUUCCCUUAAUGCAACAGAGUGUACAAUAUUUUUGGUUAUCCCAUCACCCCGGAAUUUGCCAUUUAGAAUUAUGGCUUCGAUAACAUUUUCAUUAAUUUUGUUAAUUACUAAUCACUUUUCGUUGCACAAGCGAAGCAAAAUUACCGGAGAUCCAACUUUCGGUUGUAAACUACGCGGUGGCAUGCCUUGCAAAUCCAAUGAGUUCAAAAACCCAAUUGGAUAAUUUACAGCUUCGGUAGCAUCACAAAAUGUAUCGAUAGAUUUGUAUGACACCAAGCCUCCUGGUAACAAAUGUUGUAUCUUGAGAUUUAAUUCGUUGACAUCCACAUUUUUUUGCUGCUAAAAUUGCUCUUUCUGCCGUCCACUCAUGAUUUGUUUAUUGUCAAUGAGAGCAUCAUGUGAAUCUAUGAUCGUGCAGAAAUCGACCGGUAAUUUUAUGCAUCUGUAGUAACUUUUCCGUCGCCCAUAACUAACAGUUGUUUUGAGAAUGUUUCAGCGUAUGGAUCUUGAAGCAUUCGAACACGCAUAUUUAUGUAAUUUCAGUUGUAAUUUUUCAACAUUACGCCAUUAGCGAUAAUUUUAAGCACGCGUUGAUCUCAUCAGCAUACGUGGAACGCACACGUGUCCUGCUACUGGAUGAGCUGUUCUGUCUCUAUCCUUAA